UAUAUAUAACACACACACAUAGGCGAUAGUGUGUAUAUAUACACAAAGCCGCCAUAGCCUUCUCUUCCCAACCUCAACCCAAACCACCACCACUCUUUCUCUCAUUCCUUCCCCACAACACUUUCACAUUGCAUUUUCAUUCCUCCAUUUUCAAUUCCCUCUCGCCCAUCUCUCUCUCUGUCUCUCCAUUUCUAUUCAUCUAUCCAUCAAUCGAUAAGGUACAUAGAAUCAGAGACAUUAGUUAUCUACUUAUCAGGAGUGAAUAAUCAGUAAACGACUCUGCAAAUAUAGGCGUAGCUGAAAAAGGGUACAAGGAACAGGGGACGAAAAGGGUCUUCUUCUUCUACAAAGGAAGAGAAAGAGAGGUAAAGAGGAAACGAAAAGGGAUAAUAUGAAGUACGUUUUGGUUACAGGAGGAGUAGUUAGCGGUCUCGGCAAAGGAGUCACUGCUAGUAGUAUUGGCCUUAUUCUUAAGGCCUGUGGACUUCGCGUUACUUCCAUUAAGAUUGAUCCUUACUUGAACACUGAUGCUGGAACCAUGUCCCCUUUUGAGCAUGGAGAAGUUUUUGUUUUAGAUGAUGGCGGAGAGGUGGACCUCGACCUUGGAAACUAUGAGCGGUUCCUAGAUAUCAAGUUAACAAGUGAUAAUAAUAUCACCACCGGAAAGAUUUACCAGUCUGUAAUUAACAAGGAGAGAAAGGGUGAUUAUCUGGGAAAAACAGUCCAGGUUGUCCCUCACAUCACAGAUGCCAUCCAAGAGUGGAUUGAACGUGUAGCAGUGAUACCAGUGGAUGGAAAAGAAGGUCCUGCUGAUGUUUGUGUCAUCGAGUUGGGUGGUACCAUAGGGGACAUUGAAUCAAUGCCAUUUAUUGAGGCUCUUGGACAGUUCUCAUACCGUGUAGGUGCUGGAAACUUUUGCUUGAUACAUGUCAGCCUUGUUCCUGUUUUGAAUGUUGUUGGUGAACAGAAAACAAAGCCAACCCAGCACAGCGUUAGGGGACUAAGAAGCCUGGGAUUGAUGCCAAAUAUUUUAGCUUGCCGUAGCACAAUGGAACUUGAUGAAAACGUGAUGACAAAACUCUCUCAAUUUUGCCAUGUUCCGGUUGAAAGCAUUAUCACCCUCUAUGAUGUGCCCAACAUCUGGCAUGUUCCUUUGCUUUUAAGAGAUCAGAAGGCACAUGAAGCUAUCUUGAAAGUGCUGAACCUUAAAGGUGUUACUGGGGAACCUGCUUUGGGGGAAUGGACAGCAAGGGCUGCACUCUGUGACAAGUUGCAUGAGCCUGUCAGAAUUGCCAUGGUCGGAAAAUAUACAGGCCUUUCAGAUUCUUACCUCUCUGUACUGAAGGCUCUUUUGCAUGCUUCUGUUUCUUGCCAAAGGAAACUUUCUGUAAAUUGGGUUCCUGCCAGUGACCUUGAAGAUGAAACUGCAAAAGAGAAUCCUGAUGCUUAUAAUGCUGCAUGGAAUUUACUAAAGGAUGCAGAUGGUGUGCUUGUUCCAGGAGGGUUUGGUGACAGAGGGGUGCAAGGAAAAAUUGUUGCUGCAAAGUAUGCCCGUGAAAACAGGAUUCCAUUCCUUGGAAUAUGCCUAGGAAUGCAAAUUGCCGUCAUUGAGUUUGCUCGAUCUGUUCUUGGAAUGCAAGAUGCAAACAGCACUGAAUUUGAUCCUAACACUCGGAAUCCUUGUGUUGUAUUUAUGCCAGAGGGUUCAAAAACUCAAAUGGGAGGCACCAUGAGGCUUGGAUCAAGGAGAACAUUUUUUCAGGUUAAAGACUGUAAAUCUGCAAAACUAUAUGGAAAUAGGAGCUUCAUUGAUGAGAGACAUCGUCAUAGAUACGAGGUGAAUCCUGAUAUGGUAGCACAACUUGAAAAUGCUGGUCUCUCUUUUACUGGAAAAGAUGAAAGUGGUCAACGCAUGGAGAUUAUUGAGCUGCCUAAGCACCCUUACUUUGUUGGUGUUCAAUUCCACCCCGAGUUCAAAUCAAGGCCAGGGAAACCUUCUCCUCUUUUCUUAGGACUUCUAGCAGCUGCAAGCGGGCAGCUGGAUGCUGUCUUGAAGAGAGGUUUAACGCAGGCAAGCGCAAUGAGCAAUGGGACCUCAGCUUUGAAACAUCGCAAAUAUGGAAAUGGAAAUAGAGCUGCUGAUGGGCCAGUAGUAGCCGUUUAUAGCAAUGGGAAUGGUGUGCACUUUUAGAGGAAAGUGGCUUUAGUUUCCUAAUUCUAUAGGCCCUUCUUUUUCUUUUUCUUUUCUCCCUUUUUUGGGGUGUGGUUUACCGAUUUUGCAGGCGCUUUUCUGGUUGGUCUGUACAGAGCCAUACGAGUUUGGUAGGUGUUGUAGCUCUCAACUGGACUCGUUGACAGACUGGAGCUGGAUUCCGGUUUUUUUAACGGAACAGCCUGUUGUAUUUACAGUUCAUUGCAAGGAAAAAUGGUUAGGGGUCUUUUUUUAUUUUCUUGUUGUCUUUGAAGUAUAUGUUUUUAUGUAGUAUCUUUUGUUGCUGUGAUUUUUUUUUUUUUGCUAUGUGAGAACCCAUGCUAUCCAUGUAUAAUAGCAUCGACUGUCUGAUAGAAAUGGUGAUUGUUGUGAUUAUUA